GACAAAAAUGAAAAAAAACCGACUAAACAAGAAAAACGCACUUGGCUGUGUGUGGAGUGAGAGAGCACAGCCAUAGGCCAUCAGACCGAUAGGACAUAGGAGGGAACUGAAUUAUACUAUGCAUGUUUGGCGAUGGAAGCAAAGCUGCUGCUAUCGAAUCCGCCAUUGUUUUCCCCAACCCUUCUUCCCAUUCCCAUCCCAUUUCCCCCUCGUACUCUCCAAUCCCACAAUCCCACCCACCGCACUCUGACUCUACCACCAUCCACACCUUCCAAAUCUGAUUCCAUUCCCGCGCCUAACCAAAUGGACGACCCAAGUCCCGCCCUUUUCAUUACCGGCGGCCUCUUCUUGGAACCCACGAUUCCCAAUUCCCUGCUCAAUUCCGUUGUGUCGUUUAAGAAGAACUCUCCGUCUUCGGCUGUCGUUUCCGGGGCGGGUUCGUCGUACUGGUGUAGGCUGAGGGCGGUGGCCGGCGGUGGGUUCUUGGCCGUGAGCUUGAAUAGCGAUGGGGUUGUUCGGGAGUCUAAAGGGUGUUUGGUGCAGAACGGAGAUGAAAGUUCGGAGGAGACAGCGCCGGCGGUGGUUACAGAUAGGAAGAGAGAGAAAGUUGGGGUUAGGAGUCGUAGGGCCAUGAAUACCACCAACCAUUUGUGGGCUGGUGCUAUAGCGGCCAUGGUUUCCAGAACUUUUGUUGCACCUCUUGAGAGACUAAAGCUGGAGUAUAUAGUGCGCGGCGAACAGAGGCAUCUAUUUGAGCUCGUUAAGACAAUUGCGGCUAAUCAGGGGUUGAGGGGCUUUUGGAAGGGGAACCUAGUCAAUAUUCUUCGUACAGCUCCAUUUAAAGCAAUCAAUUUCUAUGCUUAUGAUACUUACAGAAAACAAUUGCUCCGCUUCUCCAGAAAUAAGGAGACCACAAAUUUUGAGAGGUUCAUUGCUGGCGCUGCAGCUGGAAUUACUGCUGCCACACUCUGCUUACCUCUUGACACAAUUCGGACUCAGUUGGUGGCUCCUGGUGGGGAAGCCUUGGGUGGUGUGAUUGGUGCUUUUCGCCACAUGAUCCAAACUGAAGGGUUCUUUUCGCUUUAUAAGGGCUUAGUACCCUCCAUUGCAAGCAUGGCGCCUGCAGGUGCGGUUUUCUAUGGUGUCUAUGAUAUAUUAAAAUCAACAUACCUGCACUCCCAUGAUGGAAGGAAAAGAAUUGACGAGAUGAGCCAACAGGGGCGGGGUCGGAGUGCUUUGGACCAACUGGAGUUGGGACCGGUUCGGACUUUAUUAUAUGGAGCUAUUUCUGGUGCUUGUGCAGAAGCCGCCACAUAUCCAUUUGAAGUGGUGAGGAGACAGCUACAACUACAAGUCCAGGCAACUAAAAUGAAUGCCUUGGCAACUGGUAUUAAAAUAGUUGAACACGGAGGUGUCCCAGCUCUCUAUGCAGGACUUAUCCCCAGCUUGUUGCAGGUACUUCCUUCGGCCGCAAUAAGUUACUUUGUCUAUGAGUUUAUGAAGAUUGUUCUCAAGGUAGAAUGAAGAGAUAAAAUGAGUACGUCCGAAGGUAUACAAUUGGAGGUUUCACGGGGAACUCAGUGAGGAGCAGCAGCUAUAUAUUCAGAAUCCCACAAGAUUCUUGUAUUGUGAAAGCAAGGAAAAUACUCAAAUCUGAAUCUUCUCUCAAUUCAUGCUAACUCAUUUGCAAAUCUAAUUCUUUGGUCACUGCUGAAAUUUGAGUUUCAUUCCCAAGAAACAAGUUCAUACAGAUCCCGUCCGAUUUUCGCCCUUGCAGCGCGUGCCUACUAAUGGGAGGUGAUCUGCUGUUUGCUGCCCUCAUUUACUUGCCUAUAGAUGGGAUGGGAUUUUAAUUUUAUGGUAUAUCCUUGUACACUGUAGUUGGUACUGAAUAAAGAAUUUGUGGCACACUGUACAAAAUUUACUAUUCCCAAAUGCUCUGCAGGUGCGUUUUUAUUCUAAGGAAGCAGAUUGUCUGCUCUCUUGUU